GAUGACAUCUGCAAAGUUUGUCUUCUAUCUGACGUGUUUGUUCUUGGGGAUAAUGGCUCAGGUGACUGAAUUGAAAUCUUCCUCGUCCGUUCUUCAGGAGAGUGAUUUUUUAUCAGUUAACGCAGGAGACGAGGUGACUUUAAAAUGUUUUUAUGAAAGACAAACCGAUACUGGUACAAACCAUUACUGGUAUAAACAAUCUCUGGGACAGAAACCAAGGCUCAUCUCUUCUUUCUACAGUUUUGAUAGCAAAGGCGAUCUUUAUGAAGAAUUCAACAAUUCACGAUUCACACUGGACACAGGAAAUGGUAAAAACCACUUGAAGAUCUCAGAUUUACAAAUGUUAGACUCAGCUACCUACUAUUGUGUAAAUACCUCAGUAAAAUUCACAUUUGCAGAGGUCAUUACUGUCAGUGUAAAGGGUUCAGGUUUAAACAUCCCAGCUUUGGUCCAUCAGUCAGCACCUGAGACCAUCCAGCCAGGAGGCUCUGUGACUCUGAACUGUACAGUACACACUGGGACCUGUGAUGGAGAACACAGUGUUUACUGGUUCAAAGACUCUGAAGAAUCUCAUCCAGGACUCAUUUACACCCAUGGAGGCAGGAAUGAUCAGUGUGAGAGGAAACCCAACACACAAACACACACCUGUGUCUACAACUUGCCGAUGAAGAGCCUGAAUCUUUCUCAUGCUGGGACCUACUACUGUGCUGUUGCCUCAUGUGGACACAUACUGUUUGGAAACAGGACCAAGCUGGACUCUGAAGGUUCAUCUACAGAUGAAGUGGACUCUCCUUUCUUGGUGUAUUUCUUGAUCGGAGCUUUGACAUUCACCACCAUACUGGUUGUUUUACUGGUGUUCUCAUUGUACAAGAUGAUCAAGAGAAACAAGUGGCAAUGUACAGAGUGUCAAGCAAGAUUAUCAGCUUCCUCCACAGGAAACACAGAGGGUCACAGAGAUGAAGACAACCUCCAUUAUGCUGCUUUAAGUGUCAACCUGCCCGACAGAUCAAGAAGACAGAGGAACAACAGCAGAGAUGCAUGUGUGUACUCCAGUGUAAAGCAGUAGAACUGGACAUGUAACAUUUGUACUUUUUUUAAUAAAAUUGGUUUAAAAGUUUUUGUUUGGUGUCCUGGUUUAGUAGUGUAGAUAUAGAUUUGGACAUAUAU